CCAUUCGCCACCCUCCUGUCUGGCUAGCCCGAGUCCCCUGCCCGGAUCAAUCACAGCCGCCCGUCUGUGAAUCCCACGGUCGGGAUCGCCCGGGCCGUUGGCCCCUAUCAACCACCCAGGCGCUCGCCUCGCUCCUCUCCUCCCUUCUCUCUCUCACCCCCGCUCUUCUCCUUGUUCUCCCUCUCCAAGAUUUAAUGGUGGAACCCGUGGUCGAUCGCGGAAUACGGCGAGCUCCGAUGUAGAAAGAUCGCGCCUUUGCUCUCCGAUCGCUGGAUUCUCGAAUGAGUUCGAAGUCGGUGCCACCGGACGGACACCUCCGCGUUCCUCUCCAGGGGGUGGUUGGUCCCGGAGCUCCGGUCUCUGAUGGAGAUGGAUUUAGUGGGGAGGAUUUGGGGUUGCUGCUCCGGGAGCAGAGGAGGCUGGAGGCGAGUGAUAGAGCGAGGGAGUUGAAUCUUUAUCGCAGCGGCUCCGCUCCUCCCACUGUGGAGGGGUCGCCGAGUGCUGUGCUGCCGGAUAUCUUGAGAGCCAAGAAGGGCACCGGGUUCUCCACGGAGGAACUUCGGUCCAAUCCAGCCUACCCCUCUUACUACUAUUCGCAUGUAAAUCUGAACCCCAGGCUCCCGCCGCCGUUGCUCUCAAAGGAAGACUGGCGGUCCAUCCCUAGGUUCCGGGCCGGGAGCUCGGGACUUGGGGGGAUUGGGGACCAGAGGAAGCCUCAUAGGGCAGAGGAUGGGGGCAGCAGAUCGCUCUUCUCGAUGCAGCCGGGAAAGAAGAAGAUCGUGAGGUGGAGCCGAGGAGGGCGCCAGGUUCUGGUGAGAUGGCUGGACAACGGAACAGGUGGGCUUCUUGGGCUGCCGGAAGUAGAGCUUGACAGGCAGAAGAGCUACGUGGAAGUCCUUCAGGAUGACCUGGUUAGCACAACUUCCAUCUUGGGGCACCCAUCUUGUGCAGCCAGUCAUGAUACAUUUGAUGAUGGGGCUGAUCCACUAGGUUCUGCUGAAGCACAAUUUUCUUCACAUUGUGAUAUAGGACCUGUAGAUGGCCUGCGAUCUGGUGGCAAUGCCCAAAAUAUGGAUGUAAUCAACAAAUUUGGUUUACCGGCAUCACAUACAUUUUCAUCUGUUUUAGGCUCAUCUCUUUUGAGAAGUGCUUCUCCUGAUCCUCAGCUGGCAGCAAGAGCUCCCAGCCCUGGCCUACCACCUGUGGGUGUGAAACUCGGAGGCACUGACAAGAAGGCUAGCAAUGGCUCAUGUUCCUUCAAUGUCUCAUCUGGUACUGUUGAAUCUGAUGAUCUUGUGGCGGCUUUAUCUGGUUUGAACUUGUCCUCAACCGCAUCAAUAGAUGAAAAUAUAUGGUGCAAUCGAAGCUGCAACAAGAGAUUGAUGAUCAGCAGAGAUUUCUUUCCAGGUGCUCAGAACCCUCAGCAUCCUUAUGCAAAAAAUUCUGAUCCAGGACUUUAAGCCAAAUGGGCUGAUGGAAGAGUGUGGCACCACUCUUUCCUCUGCCAAUUCAUAUCUGAAAGCACCUUCUGCAGUUUCAGUUGCUAGUCUAGGUGGUUCUCCUUCUCAUUAUCCAAAUGCUGCAAAUGCAGAAGUUGCAAGCUAUGGAACAGGUGUAUACUCCAUGAAUUCAGCAGCAGCAUCGAUGAUGGCUAAUCAUAUUAAUGCAAGUAAUUUGACCCCACUGAUGGAAAGUGCCGCUGCUGCAUCUGAAAUAUAGGGUGGCUACCCAAAAUAUUGGUUUUAAAAGUGCCAU